AUGAGGGAGAAAGAUAUCGAGAAAACGGCUUUCGCCAUCAACAACGGGAAAUAUGAGUUCACUCGAAUGCCGUUCGGCUUGAAGAACGCUCCUGCGAUCUUCCAGCGGGCAAUUGACGACGUGCUAAGAGAUCACAUAGGGAAAAUAUGCUAUGUGUACAUCGAUGACGUCAUCCUACGUUUCAGACUACUACUGCUACUAUGUAUUCAACCAGACCAACUUCAAUCGACACAAGAUGUGACACUCGACUUACGGGACGUAGGACGUCAACCAGUCGUGAUCUUCGAUCAAGGCGAGGCACGGAUCAAACUUGACCACACAUAUUACAUUCAUCACUUCAAUCUAACGACUAUUAGAAUGCAAGUAAAAAGCCUUAGAGAUCAGUUUGAAAACUUUAGCAGAAAUCAAUUUUCCGACUUAAUAAUAGAAAAAUUUAACGAAAUAGAUUUUGCAUUAAAAAGCAUAGACCCUAUCAGACGUCAUAAACGUUGGGAUAGCUUAGGCACAGUUUGGAAAUUUAUAGCUGGCAGUCCAGAUGCCAAUGAUUUGAGAAUCAUCAAUUCGACCAUAAAUAAUUUAAUUAUGAACAAUAAUGAGCAGAUCAGGAUUAACCGUGAGAUAAACCUACAAUUGAAGGAAGCAAUGUUUGAAACGAAAAAUGCAACCAAUCUGUUUAACACAAGAUCAGCCGAAACUUAUUCCACUAAGAUUUUUUUUCAUUUAAACUACUUAUCAAAGAAAUUGAACCAGAUAAUUGAUACAAUCUUGUUAGCUAAAUUAGGAAUAGUAAACGAAAAAAUUCUGAGCCAACGUGAAAUUGAUAUUUUAAUCAAUGAUUUAGCUAGGGAAAAUAUAACGGUUCAUACUGCUCUGGAGGGAAUGAAUUAUGCGACGACAUCAGUGGCAACGAACAGUUUGGAAAUUGCACUCAUAAUAAAAAUGCCAAAACUCGACCCGAGAAUAUUCAACAAAAUACGUCUAUACCCAAUCAUUCACAAAAAUAAGCAAAUUCAUAUAGAUCAUCGAUUUUAUCUAACUCACAAAGACGAGAUUUACUCCAUAAACUCAGUCGAACCUACUAUAUUCGACGCAAACGAAAUCAAAUUGGACAAUUCAACCUGCAUACCGCAGCUAUUGAAAGGAGAACAGGCAACUUGUAAUUUUACCACCAACCCAGUUGAAGAAGAAGUUAUUUUUCUAGACAACCAACACUUGUUCAUAAACACUAUGAAAAAUUUCACCCUUUCAUCAAAUUGUGGCCUAACAAACAGAAACCUGACCGGAGCAUUCAUCGUUUUCUUCAGAAAUUGUCAGUUAUACAUCAAUAAUGUUUUAUAUAGCUCAAGAGUGAAAACCUUACCGGGAAACCCAAUACAACUACCCCUAGACGGAAUCGAUGUGAAUAUGCAUCAAGAGAUUCUAAACAUCAGCCUGGACCAUUUACAUAAACUCCAUCUGGAAACGAGGAAGGAGCUGGAUGUUAUCCGGCUAUCAACGAACAGUAUAAAGUGGCCAACAUUAUCCAUUUUCGGGGGAAUUAUGUCCCUACUUAGCUUAAUCGGUAUAGCAUUUCUCCUUAGAUUUCUCAUCCAUAGAUCAGCUACCAUAAACAUACAACCUGCAACCAGGACCACAACAGUCGAAGAUCCAAGAAGUGAUUCGUACGGAACCUCAUCUCUCAGGAAGGACGAGUUAACGAUGAAGCCACGCGACUCAGGUGCUGACGUCGAAGUUCCUCGAGACAACCGGCAAACAUCGCAAUCGCCAAGCUAG